UGAGGUGGGGUCACCAUUUGAAUGGAGCUCUUUAAAUGUCUGAUUUUUGUUGUGUGUGUUUUCCAUGCGGUUAAAAACAGUAAAUAAUAUUAUUAUACAUUACACUCACUAUAUGUCUUCUCAUUGCCUAGGAGCCUACAGCUAAUUUUGGAAAUCGGUACAACCUACAGAUUAGUAAGUUAUCUGCUAGCAGAUAACAGAUUAAUCUGUAGGUUCCACGUGCAAUGCAUGAUUUCCAAUAAUAAUAUCAAUUCAGGUUUGUUUCAGCGGUGUGUUUGUAGUUAUUUUCUUCAAAACAAUGUAUAAUAAAACAAUUAUUAGGUUCAGUUUCUGUGAUAUCCUAAGUAAUCAAGGUCUCGUAAGUGUUAUCAGCCUCAGCCUUCGGCUCGGCUGAUAACACUUACAUCGACUUUGAUUAUUCCGGAUAUCACAAAAUCACAAAAACCUUAUUCAAUAAUUGUUUUUUAUUCUCCAAAGGUGAAGUUAAAUGAGUAUCAUUGAAUUAACCACAAGAAAAGGUCAAGGGAAUUAUUCAAGUGAUUUUAAAAGAGAAAAGGGAACUCAGGGUUUAAAUAAUGGUUGCAUGGUUCUGCAGAGAAGCAAUGAACCAAAAUGCAAAGAUUUCAAUUAAAGAAUCAAGAAUGGCUGAAUGAGUAGCAUUUUAAUUUUUUGGAACAACAUAUCACAUUUUUUGUUUUAUUUUCCAUGUACAGCUUAAGAAUAGUUUUAGUUUUUAAUUUGUGAGAAAAUACUAAGUUCACCCCACUAAGUGGAAAAUGUCUUUUGCAAGAUUCCCGUAUGAGCCUAUCCAUACCCCCUUUAUGGGAGGUUUCCAGGAAGCUCAGGGUUUAUUAUCAAAGUUAAAAACAAAGAAGUAAUAUUUUCCUGUUUUAUUUUUUAAUCCUUGUAUAGGAAAUACUCUCUUGUGCGAACCUUAAAUGUGGAGGAAAAUCACGACCAAGGAACUGGAGACAGGUACUUGGUGGAACUGGAACUCAAAGAAAUUUCAGGAGGAAAAUCUGUAAGAUUCUCAGAAUAUGUCUACAGACCUUGGGGUGCACACACCCUCUGUACCCCUGUGGGGGUGGCAUGGAACAAAAGUGCUGUUAUAAACAUUUUGCUUACAACUGGAAAUAACCAGGGACGGUGGAUUCUUCACUUCCUUGAUAACAUGGCAAGAAUUUACGACAGAACUAAGGACGCCAAUUUUAAUGUAGUUAUUGUCGAUUUUGACAGCAAAGACAUUGAUGUUGAGAAUGCUUUGAAGAAGGCAGCAAUUCCAUCUUAUCAAUAUGCUAAUAUCGAGGGAAAUUUUUCAAGGGCCUUGGGUCUACAGAAAGCUGCUGAAAUGGUCAGAGAUCCAAAUUCAAUUCUUUUUGCUAUGGAUCUUCAUCUUGAUAUCCCUUAUCAUUUCCUGGAUGAUGUUAGAAAGGUUUGUGAGCAUACAUGUAUAUUAUUUUGAUAAAUGUUUCGUCCACAAGGAUAUACCCAGAGACUCCUAGUACAGUAGAAUGUCAAGUGUUGUUGGACAUUAGCAGAGUUGCCAAUGACUUUCUUUUCUGCAGUACCCUUUCCCAGCUCCCCCCCCACUAUUUUCAAAGCAUCCCAUUCUGAUACACCCCCACAUCAAGCCAGUCUCCAAAUCACCUAUUUUUUUAGGGGAAUGUAGUCAUGAAUUAAGGACAAACAAUCUUUCAGGGGUGUUGCUAAAAGCCAGCUGCCGGCUACUUUCACCGGCUGAAAAGCACUCACUACCAGCUCAAAUUGCAAAUGAAAACAAAGACGUAGGGGAAUUUUAGAGAUGCAGUUGAGUAAAAAAGCCAGCCUGCUUUCAGGCUUGUCACAAAGUUUUGAAUUAGAUGGCUGAGUUGUCAGAGGAAGCGGCCAGUCCAGGGAUAUUUUAUUUUAAAAAUGCAAUCCCUAAAGAAAUGCCAAGCAGAGUAGCUGGUCAAUACUAACCAAGUAGGCAGCAAUUUUCGCCAGCAGCUGGCUACUUUUGAUAACCCUGCUGCUUUUAUUUUCCUUAGCUACACCUCUGCUUUAUUAUAAAGCUUUAUCUUUUUUUGCCUUGAUAAAUCCUUUAUUGGCCAAACUUGUUCUGUCAAGAUUGCUGGAUGUUGGCCUCAUUCCUAGCGGGAAAGCUGCACAAAAAGACAGUUCCUUGUUCUUAAUCGCAGAUGGCGUGACAUAACACUGAAGAUUGAAAAGACUGAACAUUAUGCCAACACCGCAGCACGAUACAUAACCAACAAUAGUUUCCACAAUACCAAGAAAAACUCACAAAAAGCUGCCAGAAACCAUAACAUGAAACUGUAAGAUUAAUCAAAAACAAUUUUAAAAUUUGGGAAAAUUCAAAUACAUUUAUUAUGCCAGAGAUUUGGUGACCGGUACAGAUUAGUGCUGUGUGUGAGAUCCGGAAAAUGUGGGAGAAUUAGCACAAAUUUAUAGGAAAAUUCCUUUUAAAUGUUUCUUUUUAUUAACAAAUGAAAGUAACAAACAUACCUAAAAGUAGUUGUUCAGACACCACUUUGCUGGGACAGUUAAUAUAUCAACAGACUUGAAAGUUUAGACUCCUUUACAAGUCAACAAUUUUUUCAACAAUAAUGUUAACACUACCUGCCCAAACUUAAGUGAUCAAUAUCGCGGAAAACUGUAGAUAUUUCAUCUUUGUAAAUAGUUGAUCUUAAAAAAUAAUCUUGUAAACUUGCACUGACUGCCAACACUUCAAUUUGAAGAGGGUUCAAAUCAAAAAUUAAAAACAUUGCUAAAAUAUAGUACUGAAAGGCAAGUUAUAAAAUCCAAAAGCUCUGCCAUGUCCAUAGGAUUUUUUUCCACAGAAGACGAAAGUGAGAAAUAUUGUCCAUCAAUAUAAUUAUCAUGUCCCGGUGACUGUUAUUACAAAAGGUAAUCUGUUUAGUACAGAAUAGUGGCGGCUGUUUAUUUUUGUUCUUCUGUUAUUUUUAAUUUUUAAUUUUUUGCAGCACUGUGUGCAACACAAGAUUGCUUAUAGUCCCAUUCUCAUUCGCCUGGAUUGUGGAGCAACACCGAGCCAGCCAUUUGGCCGAUGGGAGAUUCACGGUUUAGGAUUGAUCGGUUUGUACAAGAGUGACUGGGACAAAGCAGGUGGAAUGAACAUUGAGGAAUUCAAGGAUAAAUGGGGUGGGGAGGACUGGGAACUGAGUGAUCGCAUUUUGGAGGCUGGCAUGGAGAUAGAGAGACUAAAAAUGAUGCACUUUUUUCAUUACUUCCAUUCAAAAAAGGGCAUGUGGAACACCAUGAAUGAUCAACUUAAGUCCAGGAAGACUCUAGUAUGACAUAAUCAUUUUUGGAAAUAGUGUAUUUGGUCAUAUGUGCAUCAUUUCAGGAAUAACUUUGUAGCUGAGUUCAAAGAUUAUUCGUACGCAUGCUAAAGAAAGAUCUUUGCCCUUUUCAGCAAAACCAAAGAAGAUAGCAAUGAUUUUUUAGUGAUGUCUGCUGUUUAGGGAACAUAUUCAUCAAAACAGUCAUGAUUCUCUCUCUAAACAGACACCUUCAUGAGAAGUUAUAGACACUCCUUAAAACACAUGCCUAAAGUUGCUGCCUAUUGUUUUUUAGUCUUAUUGCUAUUCCCAAACUCCCAAU